UUUGGACGAAUUUUAUCAAUUAUUUUGCCUGGGGUUAAAUAUUUGACGCGUUGUGCUUGAUUUGGUGCUAAUUUUUGGUUGAAAUUCCAAUUUUGCGUGAAUUUGUUGUCAGUUUUUAAAUUUGGCGCGUCCAGCGCAGCGUUGACAGGUGUUCGAGGUCGGUGAAAGCACAAAAAGUGCAUUUAUCUCGUUUUUUUCGUGUGUCCUAAUGUUAUACCCACGUCCGCGUGUUAUUUUAAUGUGGUUUUAAUCAAUACGUAACAAGACAGCCCCCCAAGUCCCCGUUUUUAUCCACUAACGAAAUGGCGCCAUAGUUGUUUGUACACAUCCGUUCCUUUUAAUAAAUAAAGAUGGACCUGACACCGCCGAAAGACUCGAAGGGGCCCUUCAGCCACGCGUCAACCCCCCUGACUCACUUCCCCCGCAAGCGCAAACAUGACGACACUUUUGAGUCCCCGAAGAGCCCCCCGUUUUCCAGCACCUUGAACGAGUCGCUAAUCACCGAUUUGAAAGACAUUUGCUUGGUUGGUUCCGUUCCUAAUACUCCCGAAAAACAGUUGAGUUUUUUGGCGCAAACUGUUGUCUCGUCCCCGAUUCAAGAGUCGAGGAAAAUUCUUUAUGGUAGUAUUAAAGUGGUUAAACCCGAGCGUGAUAGAAGGUGUAGCUUUCGUAAUAAGUAUCUGCCCGUCAAUAAUCAGAAAUUGUUGCAACGUAUCCUCAACAUCAAUGUUAUAAUGGACGUAAUUUUUCGGUACUUAUCAGGGGGCGACUUGUACAGGUUCAGUCUUGUCUCACCUUCGUUUUGUAAAGCCUUGGAGGCGAGUAAAGACGCGUUUUUGCGGUAUCAGGUCUACAAAGACAGUUAUAAAGACAACAAGGAGAAUUAUGUGAUUACGCCGCCAGGAUCGCCAGACAAGCCUGACAGCCCCCCGAGGACUAGUAGCGUUACUUUCAACAAGUUUCUCAGGGCGGCCAGCAGGCUCAAAGGCACCCAAACCCUGCGUAAAUGUGACAGAUGCAGUGGGGUUGCAGUCGUCGACCACCAAAUCAGCCAGUGCCAGAACGUGCACUCUUGCGGCCUCAUUCGCUGCCUCCUGUGUUCAAGCUUCUCCGAGACGGGCCAUAAAGACUUCAAGGACGCCUGUGGCCACGCCUCAUUUCGCCCCUCUUUGGGCAACAUGAGCAACACGAUGGAAGACUCCUCUUCGAAUUUUUCGAGUCAAGACUCGGGUUUUUACUCGGAAAAUGAAUCGCCCGUAAAGGUGAAACGGAUCCUCUUCCAAAACGUUGAUAAACAGACGUCCAAUGGCCUGUCUUUAUGGAACAAAAACCAAGUCGUUGUGACGUACAAGAAGAACGACAGCCUCUCGUACAUUCCGGUCGUGGCCAACGACACCCCCCGCAGAGAGGCGGCGGGCGACAGCCCCCCGAGCCCCCAGAGACACACCUACGCGGUCGGCUCCAAGCAAAGCAAGAGGAAUUUGAAGCGACUAACGCGUUAGCAUCACGUGACCGAUUAUGUGAUAAGUUUUGUAUUUUUUAGUGUCUUUUAACAGUUCCAGUGUUAUGUAAUGUAGGUUAAGCAUUUUUCAUAAAGUUGAUACAAUUUC